GUAUUAUUCAACCCCCCUCUACAAAAUAAUCAUAUCAUCUUGAAAGAAUCAGGAAGCAGUAGCCAUUCACACACACACACACACUCGCACGCAUGCGAAAAAGCUGAAUUCGUAAAAGUUGAUAUAUAUAUAUAUAUAUAUAUAUAUAUAUCAGAUCGCGCACCGCUUUGCUGAAUUUUCUUCUCAUAUUCAUCAAAAGAAAGCCGUAUUACAUAUUCGAGAUGGUGGCGGCGGCGGCGCCUCCAGUGCGUCUGAACUCACGGCGGAGCUUGCUGGUGUUGUGCUGUGUGGUGGCCUUUGGCCAACUGAUGGACACCGCCGGAGCUCAAAACAGAACUACGAAUGCCACCACCGAUCCUGUUGAAGCAAGAGCUCUAAACGCUAUGUUCCAACGAUGGAGAAUUGCAGCCACAAGUAAUUGGAACAUUAGUGGUGAAUUAUGCAGCGGCGUAGCCAUCGAUGCAACUGAAGUUGGAAACUUGAAUCCGGGCAUUAAAUGUGACUGCUCGUACGAUAGUGGCUCUACCUGCCACAUUACCGCUAUGAGAGUUUAUGCACUGGAUGUUGCCGGUCCAAUACCAGACGAGCUCUGGAAUUUGACCUAUAUGGAUGAUCUAAACCUAGCUCAAAAUUAUUUGACAGGUCCAAUUCCAGCAGCCAUUGGCACUCUCAACCGCAUGCAGUACUUGAGCUUCGGUACAAAUGCAUUAUCAGGGGAAGUUCCGAGGGAACUUGGAUUGCUGACUGACUUAAGAUCAUUGAGCUUUGGCACAAACAACUUCUCUGGCCCAUUACCGUCUGAACUUGGGAACCUAACAAGACUAACACAGAUAUAUAUUAAUAGUGCUGGAGUCAGUGGUCCAAUACCUCAAACAUUUGCUAAUCUACGAAGCUUGGAGAGAGUGUGGGCAUCAGACAACGAAUUCACAGGCCCGAUACCUGACUUCAUCGGAAAUUGGGCAAACCUCGUCCAACUGAGGUUUCAAGGAAAUUCGUUUCAAGGUUCAAUACCGCCAUCAUUUUCCAGUUUAUCCUUGUUGAAUGACUUGAGAAUAAGUGAUCUAUCAAAUGGGAGCUCUUCGCUCAACUUCCUCAGAAAUAUGACGUCUCUAGCUACCUUAGUCUUACGGAACAAUAAUAUUUCUGGUUCCAUACCUUCAUAUGUCAGUGAAUUCCGGAGUUUGUUUCUCCUGGAUUUGAGCUUCAACAAUUUGACGGCAAGAAUUCCAGAAAGCCUUUUCAAUCACAGUGUUCUCACUAACUUGUAUCUUGGUAAUAACCGGUUAACCGGUGCACUGCCAUCACAGAAGAGUCCGUCUCUCGGGAACAUAGAUUUGUCAUACAAUGAGUUAUCAGGAAGCUUUCCGUCUUGGAUCAGUGAGCAGAAUUUACAGCUUAAUUUGGUCGCAAACAACUUCACAAUCGAUAAUUCUAACGGCAGUGCUUUGCCGGCUGGAUUGAAUUGUCUUCAGAGGAACUUUCCUUGCUAUCGAGGAUCUCCUAUUUAUUCCAACUUUGCAAUUAACUGUGGUGGGCUGCAGAUUAGGUCUUCUGAUCAGACCAUAUAUGAGAUGGACAACGAGACUCUUGGUCCAGCAACAUAUUACAUGCCCCGUACGGGCAGAUGGGCAGUUAGCAAUGCUGGUCUCCCGGCUGAAAGUAGUAGUCCACAAUAUCAAAGCUCCUCUUCAUCGCAAUUUACAAAUACUUUGGACUCCGAGUUGUUCCAAACUGCUCGAAUUUCAGCUGGAUCAUUAAGAUACUAUGGCUUAGGCCUGGAGAAUGGUAACUACACUGUAAGCCUCCAAUUUGCUGAGACAAUGAUCCUAGGUACUAGAACUUGGAGGAGUGUCGGGAGGCGUGUUUUUGAUAUAUAUGUCCAGGGAAAUCUGCAAGUUAAAGACUUUGACAUAGCAAGAGAAGCCAACAAGACCGAUUUAAGAGCUGUUGUGAGGGAAUUCAAGGCUGAGGUGUUGGAAAACUUUCUCGAGAUCCAUCUCUUUUGGGGAGGAAAAGGGACUUGCUGUGUACCUGCCCAAGCUACAUAUGGACCGUUGAUUUCAGCAAUACGCGCUACUCCAGAUUUCGUUCCUUCUGUCUCAAACAAUCCUCCUGGUGAGAAGAAGAACCAUACUGGUCUGAUUGUGGGGAUUGUCGUGUCAGUAGCUGCUGCAAGUUUGCUUUCAUUAGCUGCAGUAUAUUAUGUCUAUCGUAGAAGAAAAAGGCAGAAAAAUUUUGAGGAUGAAGUGUUACUGGGGGUUGAUGUGCGGCCUUACACUUUCAGUUACUCCGAACUUAAAACUGCGACAGAUGACUUCAGUCCUGAUAAUAAGCUAGGAGAGGGAGGAUUCGGACCUGUUUACAAGGGAAAACUUGAAGAUGGAAGAGUGGUGGCCGUUAAACAAUUAUCCAUGGCAUCGCAUCAAGGAAAGAGUCAGUUUGUGGCGGAGAUUGCUACUAUAUCUGCUGUGCAACACCGUAAUCUUGUAAAACUAUAUGGUUGCUGCAUUGAGGGAGAUAAACGAUUGCUCGUUUAUGAGUAUCUCGAGAACAAGAGCCUUGAUCACCUCUUGUUUGGAACUGAGGGUAAAAGCCUAUAUCUGGACUGGGCAACCCGUUUUGACAUAUGCUUGGGAGUAGCUAGAGGUCUUGCUUAUCUUCAUGAGGAAUCUCGACUACGAAUUGUUCACAGAGAUGUGAAGGCCAGCAACAUUCUGCUUGAUUCUGACCUCACCCCUAAAAUCUCCGACUUUGGUUUAGCCAAAUUAUAUGAUGACAAGAAGACCCAUAUUAGCACUCGAGUUGCAGGCACAAUAGGAUAUCUAGCACCAGAAUAUGCUAUGCGCGGCCGUCUUACCGAAAAGGCUGAUGUAUUCAGCUUUGGAGUUGUAGCCAUGGAGAUCAUCAGUGGCCGGCCGAACGCUGACUUAGGUUUGGAAGAUGAUAUGAUAUAUCUUCUUGAAUGGGCAUGGAAUCUUCACGAAAACGGUAGGGAGCUUGAGCUGGUGGACCCAACUGUACCACAAUAUGAUGCAAAUGCAGUGAAAAGGAUCAUCGGUGUAGCUCUUUUAUGCACGCAAGCAUCCCCAGCCUUGCGGCCCUCAAUGUCUCGUGUGGUGGCGAUGCUCACCGGAGACAUUGAGGUGCCAUCCGUGACUUCAAGACCUGGAUACCUAACCGACUGGAAGUACACGGAUGCAACUACUUUUGCGACGGAUGCCGAUAGUUCAACUUCACAUGCUGAUAUUGGUUAUAUGAAUUCAAGAACGAGUGCAACCAUGACAGCUGAUUUUAGUUACGUGAAUUCGGGAACAAGUACAAGCAUGACGCCUGAUGCAGCUUAUAUUUCAGCUCAUAAUCCUACCAAACCCAUGCUUCACGACAUAAUUGGUGAUGGUAGGUAGAUGGAUUAAUGAAGAUUGUGCACAACAAGGAAGCUUUUUUUUUUUUUUUUUUGUUUUUGUGUUGCGAGAGAG